AUGGCAGUUCAGUGCUACUUCCUAAGUCCCAACGAGGAUGCCCCUAACAGCCGUCUUCCGGUGCUUCACUAUCGCAAUGUCCUCCCAGAACCCAGAGACGAGGCUUCAGUGACGGAUUUCUUGACGAGGAACAGAUGGGAAAAGAGAGUACGAAACAUUCUGUUGAUGAUUGUCGGCACAUGGGGACACAUUGGCAUCCGCCAUUUUCAUCCGAAUAGCCACGAAUGCUAUGGUCAGUACAAAGCUCGUUGUUUCGUCGGUCCGUUGUUCUAA